UGACUUUGUUUGACUUUGUUUUGACUUGGCUUUUUGUAUUUUGUGUUUUGUAUUUUUUGCGGAGCAAGUCAAGUGUUUGGGCCAAGUCUUUGGGCCGUUUUAUUCGUUCAGCGGGCGCUCGAGCGAACGGUUGUUGCUUUGUCUUUUAACUUCAAAUUUGGCUUUGUAUCUUUGCAUCCGACGGAUACGCGAUUCGAUUCAAGCCGUGCCGCGAUUUUCUGUGUGUGUGCGUGUGAAGAAAGAGCUAUAUUUAUAUAUAUAUAUAUAAUAUAUAUUUUGUUGGCUGGUGAAAUAGCCAUAGCAAUCCGCCAUCGUAAUAGCAAUAGUUUUCCCAGUGUUUAUUACAUCAAAAAUCAACGCAAAAUUUAUAUAGUAUUUAUAUGUAUAUGCCCAGCGAGAAAAUCUUAUGCAAAUGCGUUUUGAAAAAUAAUUAAGCGCCAGCCUCGAGAGAUUUGGCAAGAAAGUCGUUUGCAGUGCCUCAGUGACUUGGGAUUUCUUGGAUUUCAUUUGGAUUUCGGAUAUAUCCAGCCUCAGUGCAGCCUCUAAAAUCAAGCCAUGUGCCGGCCAUAAACCGAAGACACGCUUCCUAAUUGAAAACAGAGCCAGCUAAAUGGACGCGUAGCAAAAAGCCAAAAGUGCGAGCGAGAAGGCGAGAGUGUGUGUACGACAGAGAGAGAGAGAGCGAGCGAGCGAGACGAUCGUGAUUUGGAUUUUUCAGCGUGUGAUAUCAAAACGGAGCGGACAGCAGUGAAGCGGACAAGGAAAAAAAUUCAAAACAAAAUUCACGCCAAAAUGUCCAACGCCACAAAAAUGGUUUACAGUUAUAGAAUUUUAUGGCUUUCCGGCGUUUUACUAGGUCCCAUCUUGCUGGCCGCCAUUGCGGUUCAAGGCCAAGAGCCAGCCAGUCCAGUAUUUCAAAAUCACAAGACGAAGGAAUGGACGAAUUUAGAUAACAUAACAUUCUCAUUCGAUUGCAAGAGGCGUUCUGUGGGCUUCUAUGCCGACAUGGAGUACAAUUGCCAGAUCUUUCACAUGUGCGAUGAGGAGGGCAAUCGGAUUCCACAUUUGUGCGCCAACGAAACGAGCUUUAACCAGGAGUACAGAAUCUGUGAUUGGGACUACAACUUCAACUGCACAGAGUCACCUAAAUGGUUCUACCUGAACGAACUGACCUAUGCCACAGAUCCGCCAGAUGAAGACGACGAGGAUUACUAAACGAUUUGCAAUUAAUUAAAUAUUUAUUGUCUUUCCAAAAGAAAACAAACAAACUAAUUAAAUUAAACGCCGUAUGAAAAACGCUGAGUAAUUGUAACUGAAAAACAAAACAUAAAACUGUGUGAAAAUCUGUAAAAAUUCCAUGCAAAUGAGAUAAACUAAUUUAAGCGCCUUGUUGAACGAUUUUGUUGAGUUUCGUUUUGUACUUUUGUAUUGUAGUCUAAUUGAUUGAGUCGUGCGAGAGGAGUCGUGUUGUGUAUAUAAUGUAUAUAGAGAUGGUCCCCAGUUCCAUUUCCAAUUCCAUUCCAAUUUCAAAACCAUUUUAUAAAUUUCCAUCUCAAAUAUCCGGAACAACCUCGGAUGGGUCCGCCACAUUAUUGUAUAAUUUGCAAAUAAACUUCGUAUUUGUAAGCAAUCUUAAACCGAAAUAAAACAAAAUCAAAUUGCUAUACCCUAA